UCAACGUUCCAACUUCUAAAAAUAUACAAUCUUUAAUUCCAUUUCCGAUCAGAAUUGAGAAUCCUUGUUCCAAUCACCCGUCUGAAACCCCCAAUAUUCUCGCACUAGAACAGAGCAAAGCUCCAUAACAGUACAAACAGAGCAAAGCGUUUAGAAAGUGGAAGCUAUUUUGAACCCCUCGAAAAUGGGUGCUGCGGUGAAGCUCAUAGACGCCGUACUCUUUGUCUUCUUCAUCGUAAUUGCUUUAGCUGCGCCAUUGAUCGACUCGCAGAUGUUUCUACCUCCCACUGUCUUCCCCGACUUCCUGGUUGACCUGAAGAAUUGGUAUGCAACCGAGUAUGGCGAUUAUCUAAUUACCCAGAAGCCUCGUUUCGUGGUGGGGAUCGUUUGGCUUGAACUUGUGUUUCAGUGGCCCCUUGCUCUUCUCAAUCUGUAUGGGAUGUUGGGUGCCAAGUCUUGGUUCAAGACCACCUGUUUGAUGUACGGCGUCUCUCUCAUAUCUACCAUGGUUCCUAUAUUAUCAGAACUGGUAUGGUCAGGCAAGGCAUCGGAUAAGCUGUUAAUGAUGUACUUUCCUUUCAUGGGGUCAGGUGUUUUGGCUACACUGCGUGGUUUGCUACCUUACUCUGCCAAAACUACAUCAGCCGAUGGCAACAGACCCUCAUUGGCUAGGAAAAAGAGGGCUUGACAAAUAACUUUGGAACUCAAUUUUUUUUUUUUUUUUUUUUCCCUCUUUAAUCCUAGGUUUCAUCUAUUGGUGAAACUUGUUCUUCUGAUCAAAUGGUGGAUUUUGUUAAUUGGAUUCAUUGUGGGCCCUUAUAAACCGCUGAGCUAGUUGGAAUUGUAGUACUGGUAGAAGCUAGAGAUUGUUUAUUCCAAUCUUGAAAGUAUAUCCAUGGUUUGAGAUUUUGAGUUUCUUUUC